AUGACUGUCACUUCCUCCUGCCCCCCGUCCGAGGGCAGCUCCCCUCUGCCCACGCCAUUGUUCUCCGCCCCAUCCACGCCGGAGACGGAGCGCGAUGAGGAUUGCUUCGACCUGGCCCUAGCUGCGCUGCCGGCCGUCAGUGCGGUCACCGCGCAAUACAUUCUCGUCACGGGGGGACUGGGCUACAUCGGCAGCCACACGGCGCUGGAGCUGCUCAAGGCGGGCUACAAUGUGCUGCUGGUGGACAACCUCAGCAACAGCUACGAGGAAGUGUACCACCGGAUCGUGAGGGCGGCCAAACAGCACUACGAGCGGGAGGGCCGGGCCCGCCAAUGUCCGCAGGCGGAACUGGCGUGUAUGGACUAUCGCGACUCGCAAGCGAUGCGAACCCUCCUGGCCACGCACGCCAGCGGCAGCAGCACAACAGACGAGAGUUCGAUCCCCGCGCGCUCCCACAUCACGGGCGUUAUCCACUUCGCGGCGUACAAGGAGGUCCACGACAGCCUGCGCAACCCCCUCAAGUACUACCAGAAUAACAUCAGCGGGCUGGUGGACUUUGUGGCCCUGCUGGACGAGCACGACAUCAAGACCUUCAUCUUCUCCUCCUCCGCCAACGUCUACGGCACCCUCUCGGCGACCCACCGCACCCUCCGCGAGGAGCACUGCGUGCACCGGCCGGAAGCCUACUACUCCGCCGACGGGCAGGAGCUGGUGCCCGUCGAGCAAGGCUGCACGGGGAUCACGAAUCCGUACGGGCGCACGAAGUUCUUCGGCGAGGCGAUUCUGUCGGAUCUGGCGGCCUCGGACCCGAGCUGGACGAUCAUCGGGCUGCGCUACUUCAACCCGGUCGGGUGCGAUGCGUCGGGCCUCCUGGCCGAGGAUCCGCGGGGCACACCGUCGAACCUGGUGCCGGUGGUGGUGAAGGUGCUGACGGGAGAGCUGGCGGAGCUGUCGAUCUACGGCGACGACUGGACGACGCCGGACGGCACGGCAAUCCGCGACUUCAUCCACGUCUCCGACGUGGCGCGCGGCCAUAUCGCAGCGCUGGCGGCGGCGCAGGAGGGCCGCGUCGUGGAGUCGUUCCGCACCUUCAACCUGGGGACGGGCUGCGGCCACUCGGUCGCGGAGGUCGUCGCCACCAUGGAGCAGAUCAGCCACCAGCCGAUUCCGCGGCGGACGGCGGACCGCCGCCCGGGGGAUGUAGAAUCGUGCGUCGCGAUUGCCGACCGCGCCGCGGUGGAGUUGGGCUGGAAGGCGGAGCGCUCGUUACAGGAUGCGUGUCGCGACCUGUGGAAUCAUCUCCAGGCGGAGGGCCGGUUGAGCAAGACCGUCAUCGAGUCCUGA